AGGCUGUCAAAAAGUACCUGACAACUGGUGAAACGAAACUGCAAAUAAUUUCAUCAGCAGAACUAUACAAUCUGCGUUAAAUAGUUACUUUCAUAGAAAACUCCACAAAUUACUCGCUCUGCAGCCAUGUCUAGCUUCGGAAGUGCGGACACGCCGAAAGCAAACGUCGAUCCUGAGUUGCAGGACUUUCUGAUGGCUGAAAACGAGCGCGCCCGGCUUAGCGCACAGAUCCACGAGUUCAAUGAUAUCUGCUGGGACAAGUGCGUGGAGAAGCCGAGCAACAAACUGGACAGCCGUACGGAAACGUGCUUGGCGAAUUGUGUGAACCGCUUCGUCGACACGUCGCUCCUGAUCACGCAGCGUUUCGCCCAGAGCCUACAGAAGAGCCAGGGAAUGUAAAGGGCUCUGGUUAGUGGGGUACCGUUUCAAUGGGAACGCAUUUUGGGAUGUAGUUUUUAGUUUCAGCAGGGCCCUUUAAUCAUACCAUUCUGUUCUGUUAAAUACAUAAGUGCAGAACGGCAUAUAUAAUUUACCUCCAAGGAAA